AUGGACUCAUCAACCGGUUCGACAUCGAUUGUCUCGGCAGACUCAUGCAACACAUCUGAUUUGAUCGCUUCCCUUCGCCAGCAACUGCAAGAAUGCCACGCUGAGUGCGAGCGCUCUCACGCUGCUCUCGAGACGGAAAAGUCAGCUCAGCUCCGCAUGACGGGCGAGCAUCUCGAGCGCGUUCGAGUUUUCGAGUCGACGAUUGCCGAUCAAAAAGUCCUCAUCAAACAGCUUCACGCCGACGUGGAUCAUCUUGAAUUGUUGAUGAAAAUCGGUCCAUCUGCGAGCAACCCAUCUGCGAAAAACCGCGACCUGACCGCUCAAAAUCGCGACCUUGUUAUUCAAAAUCGACAACUCUCCGCUUCUGUCAACCGUCUGACGUUAGAAAAAAGCAAUCUUCUCCAAGACGCGCAGACGUUGCAAGCCAAGAUCCUUGCUCUCGAGGCCACGGUCGCUCAUCAAUCCUCUACCAUCUUAGAGUUGAAGGCCAAGAUCGCCGCUCAAGAUGAGAAGAUCGCUGGUCUCGAGACCGCUUUUGAGGAGUUCAAGGCUCAGGCGGCUACAAAGGAAGCUCAGGCGGCAGCAAAGGAAGCUCUCCUCAAUCUUGGUGCUUCCAUGUCCACGCUUGUGAAUCACGUUCUGAAAGAAGCGUUUCCCGAUCGUGCUGCUCGUCGAGAUGCCUUCGAUGUCUGUGCCGAAAACUUUUCGGGCCGCGGGCGCUACUCUCCCGCUUUGUUGUCGGGCGGCCGUCUGACUGAAGUUUCGAACACGGUCAGGGACGAUGAUGAGGCGGAAAUCAAGAAACUGAAGGAGCACUUUACAACAACCAAGUGGUCAUUCCGCAGCUUCAUGGUUGCGUACUGGCUCCUGAUUGCGUACGGGCUUCGCAGUCGGUUCCACGCACUCGCGCACUAUGGCGCUGGCAAGACUACCGAACAGCUCAAGGCUGAAAUGUCCCAGCUGCCGGAAGAAUACCGUCUGUAUGCGCAAGAGGAUCUUGACAGCAUCCUCUCUCUGCCCUGGCUCGACUAA